AUUUCUCGGUUAGGUCUCAGGACGGUAUCUCCGAUAUUCAUGUAGCUAAUCAUGAAUCCACCCAACCCUUGGGACUUCCUAGAAACAAACUUCCCCAUAUUGUGGGAUAUAAACCAUCCAAAAACUAAGGAAAGAGUGUUGCGCCGCAUGGCGAAGACAUCCUUUAUUGAAACGUAUAAUGUCAAAUUCGGUGCUUUGUAUAAUAACAAAAAUGUCAACAAAUUUAUUAAAACCAUACAAAAACGUUACCAACGUAAACGUAAACAGUCUUCAAAAGUUUCAGCUACAAAUACUUCAGGUCCUAUUUCACAAUCGAGCAAAACACAACCAGAUGCUAUAACUAAUCAAGGAUCUAUGUUUGGGAAUGAAGAAUCCCAUUACCACUCCGCAGUCCAGCAAUUCCCGACAAAUAGCCCUUGGUCAAUUGAUUUUAACAACGUUUUUAAUGAGAAUCCACAAAGCGAUGAUCAAGUUUAA